CCUUUCGUUUCCGCAGCUGCUCCUACAAUCAGACCCAGUUCGUUUGCAUUUCGAUCCUUUCGAAUCGCUUCGCUAUCAAAUCCAACGAUCACCUGCAACACUCAAUACAUAGGUGCAUUUCCACGUGGCAACGAACUUCAGAACAAUAUCAAAAAUUAGAUAAAUAAAUCACGGCUCAUGCAGAAACGUACCUCGUACAGGCGCAGCUCUCCCGAGCAUUUCUUCUAAACGACAACACAUGAAACUGAACAAGCAAACAUCAGCUGGAACGUUUGUUUGGCGAUCAACGCCCACCGAGAGUGAUAAAAGCGCAUCGAUGACGCAAAAAACAUUCCAGAAAGCGGUUCUCGCGAGCAUUUUAUGUAACAGCCAAGGUACAUAUUAUGCACUGCUAGAGCAGGAAUGCUUGGACGAAGCCCCGUUUACUUUCGCUUCUUAUGGCUUCUGCGAGACCGUCAGCUAUUGCCUGAUCGAUGGAUUUUCUUUCUGCAAAUCCAGGUAG